UGGCGCGAAACUGCAGCCGCCACGCCCCCUCAGUCCCAUUUGUGCAGGCGAGGCCCCGCCCUCCGCCCCGGCGCACGGCAGGGUCGCGGCGUGCUCGCGCCCGCAGACGCCAGGGAACUGCGGUCGCGGGCUCGCGCUCCCGGCUCGGCCUUGCCCGGGGCCUGCCACUCCCUGGCCUGCGAUGUCUCGCCGGAAGCCUGUGUCGGGCGGCCGCGCUGCCCCCGGCCCAGCACCUGCGGGACAAGCGGUUUUGAGCAGAUUUUUCCAGUCUACGGGAAGCCUGAAAUCCACUUCCUCCCCCACGGGUGCAGCCGACAAGGCGGAUUCUGACUCGGCAGCGCCCCCAGCGUCCACUUUCCCGCCCCAGUUGCUGCCGCACGUGGUGGCAGAAAUUGACAGAAGUAAAAAGAGACCACUUGAAAAUGGUGGGCCUGUUAAAAAGAAAGCAAAGAAAGUCCAAGAAAAGGAAGAAGGAAGUGAUUUGGUAAUGUCUGGCAAACCUGAGCCAAGGAAAUGUCUGAGGACCAGGAGUGUUUUAAAGUCUCUGGAAAAAUUGAAAGAAUUCUGCUGCGAUUCUGCCCUUCCUCAAAAUAGAGUCCAGGCAGAACCUCUUCAGGAGAGAUUUGCAGUUCUGCCAAAAUGUACUGAUUUUGAUGAUAUCACUCAUCUGCGUGCAAAGAAUGCAACUUCUUCUGAAGGUUCCAAAUCUCAAAUUAAUCAAAAGGAUAAGACACUUUCUGAUGUCAGUCAAUUUGGAUCAUCAUGUAGCAGUCAUGAAAAUUUACAGAAAACUUCUGAUUCUAAACCAUCUAACAAGCGGUCCAAAAGCAUCUAUACACCAUUAGAAUUACAAUAUAUAGAAAUGAAGCAGCAGCAUAAAGAUGCAAUUUUGUGUGUGGAAUGUGGAUAUAAAUACAGAUUCUUUGGGGAAGAUGCAGAGAUUGCAGCCCGGGAGCUCAAUAUUUAUUGCCAUUUAGAUCACAACUUCAUGACAGCAAGUAUACCUAGUCACAGACUGUUUGUUCACGUACGCCGCCUUGUGGCAAAAGGAUACAAGGUGGGAGUUGUGAAGCAAACUGAAACUGCAGCAUUAAAGGCCAUUGGAGACAAUAAAAGUACACUCUUUUCUCGGAAAUUGACUGCUCUUUAUACGAAAUCCACACUCAUUGGAGAAGAUGUGAAUCCCCUAAUCAAGCUGGAUGAUGCUAUAAAUGUCGAUGAGAUAAUGACUGAUACUUCUACCAACUAUCUUUUGUGUAUCUGUGAAAAUACAGAAAAUGUUAAGGACAAAAAAAAAGGGAAUAUUUUCAUUGGCAUUGUGGGAGUGCAGCCAGCCACAGGUGAGGUUGUGUUUGAUAGUUUCCAGGACUCUGCUUCCCGUUCAGAGCUGGAGACUCGGAUAUCAUGCCUGCAGCCGGUGGAGCUGCUCCUUCCAUCAGCCUUGUCGGAGCAAACAGAAAUGCUCAUCCACAGAGCCACAGCUGUUAGUGUGCGGGAUGACAGAAUUCGAGUAGAAAGGAUGGAUAACAUUUAUUUUGAAUACAGUCAUGCUUUCCAGGCGGUUAUGGAAUUUUAUGCAAAGGAUAUAGUUGACAUAAAAGGUUCUCAAAGUAUUUCUGGCAUCAUUAACUUGGCGAAGCCUGUGAUUUGCUCUUUGGCUUCCAUAAUAAGAUACCUCAAAGAAUUUAACUUGGAAAAGAUGCUCUCCAAACCCGAGAAUUUUAAACAGCUGUCAAGUGAAAUGGAGUUUAUGACAAUUAAUGGAACAACAUUAAGGAAUCUGGAAAUCCUGCAGAAUCAGACGGAUAUGAAAACCAAAGGAAGUUUGCUUUGGGUUUUAGACCAUACUAAAACUGCAUUUGGAAGACGGAAGUUAAAGAAGUGGGUGACCCAGCCACUCCUAAAAUUAAGGGAAAUAAAUGCCCGCCUUGAUGCUGUAUCUGAAGUUCUCCAUUCAGAAUCUAGUGUGUUUGGUCAGAUAGAAAAUCAUCUACGUAAAUUGCCUGACAUAGAGAGAGGACUCUGUAGCAUUUAUCACAAAAAAUGUUCUACCCAAGAGUUCUUCUUGAUUGUCAAAACCCUGUAUCAUCUGAAGUCAGAAUUUCAAGCAUUAAUACCUGCUGUUAAUUCCCACAUUCAGUCAGACUUGCUUCGGACAGUUAUCUUAGAAAUUCCUGACCUUCUCAGUCCAGUAGAGCAUUACUUAAAGAUACUUAAUGAACAAGCUGCCAAAAUUGGGGAUAAAACUGAACUAUUCAAAGACCUUUCUGACUUCCCUUUAAUAAAAAAGAGGAAGGAUGAAAUUCAAGAAGUUACCGACAAGAUCCGAAUACAUUUGCAAGAAAUACGGAAAAUACUAAAAAAUCCUUCUGCACAAUAUGUGACAGUAUCAGGACAGGAGUUCAUGAUUGAAAUAAAGAACUCUGCUGUAUCUUGUAUACCAACUGAUUGGAUUAAGGUUGGAAGCACAAAAGCUGUGAGCCGCUUUCACUCUCCUUUUAUUGUAGAAAAUUACAGACAUCUGAAUCAGCUCCGUGAGCAGCUAGUCCUUGACUGCAGUGCUGAAUGGCUUGAUUUUCUAGAGAAGUUCAGUGAACAUUAUCACUCCUUAUGUAAAGCAGCGCAUCACCUAGCAACUGUUGACUGCAUUUUCUCCCUGGCCAAGGUCGCUAAGCAAGGAGAUUACUGCAGACCAACUGUACAAGAAGAAAAGAAAAUCAUAAUAAAAAAUGGAAGGCACCCUGUGAUUGACAUGUUGCUGGGAGAACAGGAUCAGUAUGUUCCCAAUAGUACAAAUUUAUCAGAGAACUCAGAGAGAGUAAUGAUAAUUACUGGCCCAAACAUGGGUGGAAAGAGCUCCUACAUAAAACAAGUUGCGUUGAUUACUAUCAUGGCUCAGAUUGGCUCCUACGUUCCUGCAGAGGAAGCGACAAUUGGGAUUGUGGAUGGCAUUUUCACAAGGAUGGGUGCUGCAGACAAUAUAUAUAAAGGACGGAGUACAUUUAUGGAAGAACUGACUGACACAGCAGAGAUAAUCAGAAAAGCAACAUCCCAGUCCUUGGUUAUCUUGGAUGAACUGGGAAGAGGGACAAGCACCCAUGAUGGAAUUGCCAUUGCCUAUGCUACACUUGAGUAUUUUAUUAGAGAUGUGAAAUCCUUAACCCUGUUUGUCACCCAUUAUCCACCAGUUUGUGAACUAGAGAAAAGUUACUCACAACAUGUGGGGAAUUACCACAUGGGAUUCUUGGUCAUCGAGGACGAAAGCAAACAGGAUCCAGGCAAAGAAGAACAAGUCCCUGAUUUUGUCACUUUUCUUUAUCAAAUAACCAGAGGAAUUGCAGCAAGGAGUUAUGGAUUAAAUGUGGCUAAACUAGCAGAUGUUCCUGGAGAAGUUUUGAAGAAAGCAGCUCACAAGUCAAAAGAGCUGGAAGGAUUAGUAAAUAUGAAAAGGAAAAGGCUGAAGUAUUUUGCUAAGUCGUGGACAAUACACAACGCAAAAGACCUGCAAAAGUGGACCGAUGAGUUUGAAAUGGAAGGAACACAGACUUCUCUUCCUGAUUAAAAUGAAGACUGAAUUUUUGAACAAAAAAUGGAGAAUUAAAAAUACCAACUGUACAAAAUAACUCUCCAGUAACAGCCCAUCUUUGUAUGACAUGUGAGCAUAAAAUUAUGACUGUGGUAUAUUUCUAUUGGUAA